CAGCUGUGGCCGCGGCCCCCCGCCCCGGGCCCUGGCCCGCCGCCGCCGCUGCUGCUGCUGCUGCUGCUGGUCGCGCUGCUGGGCGGCGCGGGCGCGCAGUACUCGAGCGACCGGUGCAGCUGGAAGGGGAGCGGGCUGACGCACGAGGCCCACAGGAAGGAGGUGGAGCAGGUGUACCUACGGUGCUCGGCGGGCUCUGUAGAGUGGAUGUACCCGACUGGGGCUCUCAUCGUCAACGUGCGGCCCAACACCUUCCCGCCCUCCCGACGACACCUGACUCUGUGCAUCAAGCCCCUCAGGGACUCCUCGGGCGCCAAUAUUUAUUUGGAAAAAACUGGAGAGCUGCAGCUGCUGGUGCGGGACGGGGACCGCGGGCCCCGCCAGGUGCACUGCUUUGGCUUCGAGCAGAGGGGCCUGUUCGUGGAGGCAACGCCCCAGCAGGACAUCAGCCGGAGGACCACGGGUUUCCAGUACGAGCUGACCAGCCGGCACGCGGAGUCAGACCUGCGUGCCCAGUCAGCCCCGUGCCGCCCCUGCAGCGACACAGAAGUGCUGUUGGCGGUCUGCACCAGCGACUUCGUCGUCCGAGGCUCCAUCCAGGACGUCACCCACGAACCAGAGCAGCAGGAGUCCGCCAUCCACCUGCACGUGAACCGGCUGUACCGGCAGAAGAGCACUGUCUUCCGGCCAGCCCCAGAGGGUGGUGGCUGGCGGGGGCACGUCACCACGCUGUUGGAGUGUGGUGUGAGGCCCGGACGUGGGGAGUUCCUCUUCACGGGCCACAUACACUUUGGGGAGGCCCACCUUGGCUGCGCCCCGCGCUUCAAGGACUUCCAAAGGAUGUACAAGGAUGCUGAGGAGAAGGGCCUGAACCCCUGCGAGAUGGGCACAGAGUGACUGUGGGUGGCCACCGCUGCUGCCACAGCGGGCGCUCGGACCUGUGCUCCCCUGCGCACAAGCCACGUCUGACCCCACGAGGUCCUGGCCAAGGACUCCCUGACUGAUUGGAAAUGUUGUAAGAUGCAAACUAAGUUAUUAUAUUUUUUUUAAAAAAGAAACGUCCAUAGGAAAUAAACUCCAGUGUCUUAAAAUGCCUUGUGUACCAUUUC